AGUGCCUCCUCCUCCUUUUACUACUACACACUCUCGCUCUCUCUCUGUUUGUCAGUGCUCCUUGCUCGCAGCAGAUGGACUCCUCAGGAACAGCUUCUGGUUUUCCUGCUCUGCUCGUUGUACUUUGUGUGCGUGUGUGUGUGUGAGAGAGAGAGUGUGUGUGUGUGCGCGUUUUUAACUAGUGGAGUCGAAGCUCCUCUUUAAUCGGUGGACCUGACCUCACUGUGAGAAGGAAGAAGCCCCGUGCCCGACCAGGAUGAACGCCAGCCCCUUCCUCGCCAACAUGCAGUCCAGGAUGCAGCUGGCGAAUCAGAUCAGCGACGAGGAGAAGCUGUACAGGCACAACGGCGUCCUGUACCCGCGCAUCAUGUGCCCCGAGGACAACCUGAAGGCUCUGGAGAACUUCCAGGCCCGGGAGGACGACGUCGUGCUGGUGGCGUAUCCCAAGUGCGGUUUUAACUGGAUGGUCGGGGUGGUGAGGAAGAUCAUCGCCGAGGCCACGGGGAAGAAAACUGAAUCCAAGAUGCCGCCGCUGAUCGAGUUCUUCGGACCAGACGCCCUGAAGCUCGUGGAUCAGACUCCGUCUCCCAGGCUCCUGGGGACUCACCUGCAUCCCGACAACAUCCCCGCUUCCUUCCAGGGAAAGAAAACAAAGGCGAGGUCGGCGACUGGAGGAACCACUUCACGCCCGAGCAGAGUCGAGAGAUGGACGACGCCUUCGCCAAACACCUGGCGGGAACGAGGCUGGGAGAGAAACUCAACUACCGACUGCACUGUCAGUAGGAGGCAAGGCAGCAAGGAGAGGAGGGAGAAGGAGGACAGACCCUCCCCCUCAGUCGGACACCAGACUGGUUCUGCUUCACCUCGUCUGGACCGUAACUCCGGCCGAGACAUCGACCUUUGACCCCGUCGACGUCAGACAGACAGCGUCUCGCUUCAGGGCCCAAGGAAGCAACUCAUCACAUUUUUUCAAAUUUUCUCAUUUUUCGAUGAUGAUGGGGUCAUAUAGAUUUAAACUGCACUGUCCCCUUGUGGUCGUAUCACCACAUUGCAUGGUGGCAGACAGCAAUGUCAUAAUAAAAGUAAUUAUACAAUCAUUUUAAAAAUCAAACACUUUAUAAUCAACACUUCCAGGCUCAUUUGUCAUUGAACUGACUUGUUUGAUGAUUUUAAACUAUAUUUUUAAUCAGUUGAUCAGAAUCUGCGUUCGAGCAUCGAGCAGCAGAUAAAGUCUCAGACGUCACAUUUCUUUUUUCUCCACCAGCUACAUUGUUUGUUCAGUUGUUUUAUUCACCGGGUUCAAACACACUUGAAUUGUCUUUCACCCGGCAGCUACCUGAGCUCACGCUGAAGGAAUCUGGAAACACUGGUUUCAUUCUGUCAUGAUGAGACGAUGUAAUGUUUGUAUUAUUACACACGGUGCAGAACAUCACUGUGCAGGAUCAAGAUGAGAAAUAAAAACACUUUUUUUUCUUGA